UUGUCAAGUGUAGCACGCAUACAUCUGCGACAGAGUGUUGUAAACAUUCAAUGACGCUAGUGAAUGACAGCGAUACCAAAACUGUAACAUCCUAGUUUUUCCGUACCAGAGGAGCUAAUAUGCGUUGGCCAUCGUUUUCACUUAUACUGUCUGGUGUUUUCCUGGGAUAUAUUUCAUAUUCAGUGUGGUCAUUAGCUCAGUUGUUUGUGCCACCGGCAUGUGGUAAAGGCGAACGUUGCAUUCCGUCAUUUCUAAGAAGUAAACCGAAAUUACAUUUGGCAUUGUUCACAUCAGUGAAACCUCACCCAAGUUUAAAAGAUGUGAAAUUCGUUGAAUCAUGGCGUGACUUCAAUUACACUUUUCCAAAGGCAAAGGAAUUGAAUUUAACCAUACCAUUGAGCACUCGACAGAAUGGAUCUAUGUACCUGCAUCUGCUGCUAACUCAAGAAAAAGAACAUGAUAAUUUUUUUAAGUUACACCAGACUCCAACAACAGUCUACACAAAAAUUCGACUAACACAGUAUCAUGUGCCUGAAGCAGCGACAUUUCAGCUUCUAGGGAGUAAGGAAAACAAGAUUGACGAAAACAUCAGUGGAAAAUCUAUUAGACCUGUGGCUCAUCUAAAAUCAAGAAUAACAUUUAAUAUAUUAACUGAUGACAUCAAAUUUCCUGUGAAGAACUUGCCACCGGAAAUUGCACAGCUUCUAGUUUUGAACUCUCGGGGAGAAUUCCUUCCAAUAAUUCAGUAUGAUUUCCUCAACAAUCGCUUACGUGAUCUAGUUGUCAUCGGCAAGAAUGAUACUAUUAUGAUGACUACACUAGCAUAUGCUCCUGUAUCUACUGGAAAACUAAGAGUGAUGCAGCACAUUGAAACUGCUUUACGGUCAUUAAUGUCUUUUGGUUUUAAUGAAAAGGAUGUAGAUGAGGUAAAAGGAAUAUUUGCCGAUACAAAUAUGUAUCUCCUCUGCAUUACUGUGUUUGUGGCUGCUGUUCAUCUGUUGUUUGACUUUUUAGCUUUCAAAAAUGAUGUCACAUUUUGGCGCCACAAACAAAACUUUGCUGGCUUGUCAGUUAGAACAGUAGUUUGGCGAGCUUUCAGCCACAUUAUUGUGUUUCUAUACAUGAUGGAUGAAAAGACAUCAUUACUAGUCCUGAUUCCCUCUGGCAUUGCAACAGUAAUUGAGCUAUGGAAAGCGCAGAAGGUUAUUUAUGUGGAAGUAACAUUUAGUAAGUUACAUUUACCUUGCUUGAGGUUCACGUCAAAAGGGUCAUCUGCUGCUGAACAGAAGACCCAAGAAUUUGAUGCAGAAAUUAUGAGAUAUUUAUCAUACAUAUUGUAUCCCUGCUGCAUUCUAGGAGCAAUAUAUUCAUUGCUGUAUGUGCCACACAAAAGUUGGUAUUCCUGGAGUAUUCAUAGUCUUGUGAAUGGUGUGUACGUCUUUGGAUUUCUAUUUAUGCUGCCUCAGUUGUUUGUUAAUUAUAAACUGAAAUCCGUUGCACACCUGCCAUGGAGAGCCUUCAUGUACAAGGCAUUCAACACAUUUAUUGAUGACCUAUUUGCAUUUAUCAUAACGAUGCCAACAGCUCAUCGAGUUGCCUGUUUCAGAGAUGAUAUCGUCUUCCUCGUGUAUUUAUAUCAAAGAUGGCUAUAUCCAGUAGACAAAACUCGUGUGGAUGGGACGCUAGUUACGGAUGAAAAGAAGCAUGAAUAAGAAUACUCUUACAGCUGCAUUAAGUUCUAUAACAAGAAAGUAAAUGCUCACAGAACAUAAUUUGAAUUAUCAUACCAGAGUGCAGAAGAAUUAAUUUCUUUCCACCCAAAAGCAGAUGCUUUUCAUAAUGUUGUGUAAGAACAGGGUAAAUAAGAAAACUUUUCAGGCUUAAGUCACUGAAGCUACCUAUUUGUUACUGUAUCAAAUGAUGUUCUACACACCCUAAAGAAAUCCAUUAAAA